GAGAGUCAUCAUUACUCCACAAACUUCUUCAACAACAAAAAAAUGGCACCCGCAUGCACCAGAAUCAACUCACUCCACGUGGCAGUGAUCGGAGCCGGAGCAGCCGGACUCGCAGCCGCACGCGAGCUACGCCGCGAAUCACACUCCGUCGUGGUCUUCGAGCGCGGCACACAAAUCGGAGGUCUCUGGGUGUACACACCUCAAACCGAACCCGACCCGCUCAGCCUCGACCCGAACCGAACCAUAGUCCACUCCAGCGUCUACGACUCGCUCCGCACCAACCUCCCAAGAGAGUGCAUGGGUUACAGAGACUUCCCUUUCGUGCCCCGAGACGACGACGGAUCCAGGGACCCGAGAAGGUAUCCUAGUCACAGCGAAGUCCUCGCUUACCUUCAAGACUUCGCGAGAGAGUUCAAGCUCGAGGAGAUGGUUCGGUUCGAGACUGAAGUGGUUUGUGUUGAGCCUGAAGGGCAAAAAUGGGAGAUCCGGUCAAAAAGUUCCGAUGGGAUCUUCAAAGAUGAGAUCUUUGAUUCUGUCGUCGUGUGUAAUGGACACUAUACAGAGCCUCGAGUUGCUCAUGUUCCUGGCAUAGAUUCAUGGCCAGGCAAGCAGAUCCAUAGUCAUAACUAUAGAGUUCCUGAUCCAUUCAAAGACCAGGUGGUGGUAGUGAUUGGAAACUUUGCGAGUGGAUCAGAUAUAAGCAGGGACAUAACAGGAGUGGCCAAAGAAGUCCAUAUCGCAUCUAGAUCAAAUCCAUCUGAGACAUACGAAAAGCUUCCCGGGUCCAACAACCUAUGGCUUCACUCUAUGAUAGAAAGCGCACGCAAAGAUGGGUCGAUUAUUUUCAAGAAUGGUAAGGUUGUACAAGCUGAUACUAUUGUGCAUUGCACCGGUUACAAAUAUCACUUCCCGUUUCUCAAUACCAAUAGCUAUAUAACCGUUGAGGAUAACUGUGUUGGACCGCUUUACAAACAUGUCUUUCCUCCUGCUCUUGCUCCAACGCUUUCCUUCAUCGGUUUACCAUGGAUGACAUUGCAGUUCUUUAUGUUUGAGUUACAAAGCAAAUGGGUGGCUGCUGUUUUAUCUGGCCGUGUCACGCUUCCUUCAGAAGACAAAAUGAUGGAAGAUGUCACCGCCUUCUAUGCAAACCGUGAUGCUAACAAGCUUCCCAAGAGAUACACGCAUAAGCUCGGUGAGUGUCAGGUUGAUUACCUCAACUGGAUAGCCGAGCAAGUCGGUGCACCACCUGUUGAACACUGGAGAGCUGAGGAAGUACACGGCGGGUAUCGAAGACUCGCCACGCAAUCAGACACUUUCCGUGAUAAGUGGGACGAUGAUCAUCUCAUUCUUGAGGCUUAUGAAGAUUUCUUGAGACAGAAGCUGAUUUAGUGUUGGAAUAGUUUAUUGUCUUUAAUACUUUUAAUUUGGAACAAAAUAAUAUUUCUAUAACAGAUUGAAUCUAAGAAGUAAGACCUAAGCAUGUUGUACAUU